AUGGUGGAGUACUAUGAAGCCCUGGGCAUUCCCCGCAGCGCCUCCUCUGACGACAUAAAGAAGGCGUACAGGAAGGCGGCACUGAAAUGGCAUCCGGAUAAGAACCCAGGGAACAAGGAACACGCCGAGCGGAAGUUCAAAGAGAUCGCGGAGGCCUACGAAGUGCUGUCGGACAAGAACAAGCGCGACCUCUACGACCGCUACGGUAAGGACGGGCUCACGGGGGCAGGGACCGGGGAUCCCCGGGGUGGUGCCGGAGCUCCGGGCUUCACCUUCACCUUCCGCGGCGCAGACGAGGUCUUCAGAGAGUUCUUUGGGGGCCGAGAUCCUUUCGCCGACUUCUUUGGAGGAGCAGCGCUGCCAUCUCCCAGCCGGCACUCGGCCGCCAUUCAGCCCUACCUGGCUCAUGCCUGCUGGAGAGUGAUAUUAGUACUGACCCAGCGCCCCAAAUCUUCAAGAAUGACGUGGGCCUGUUCUCAGAGCUGCAUGCCGGAGGACCCCGGGGCCACGGACGGGGGGGGCCCCUCUGUUGGCUACUCCUUCUGCUCCUACACCUUCCCAGAGCAGUCAGAUUUCUUCUCCUCGUCCUUCAGCCCUGGCACCGACCCCGGAAUCGGCUUCCGCUCGGUUUCCACCUCCACCACCUUCGUCAACGGCAAACGCAUCACCACGAAGAGGAUCAUCGAGAACGGCCAGGAGCGGGUGGAAAUCGAGGAGGACGGAGAGCUGAAAGCUACAGAGGUGAAUGACAUAGCCAACAGUGUGGAGCCUCAGGUGGGGCUGCACCGCCAGGAACAGCACGACAUCCUGAGCUCUGCGUCCGACUCCCCCACCCCGCAGCGCCCCCCAAGCACGGCCUCCUCCUACGUGCUCCCCGAAGAGGAGGACAAAGAUCUGCACCGGGCCAUGGCCUACAGCCUGUCGGAGCUGGAGGACAUGGGGCAGCACCGAGUGGACGCCCGCGGCUCCAAGAAGAGACGGGUCAGUACGCGGCGGGCCCGCAAGGGGGCCAGCGAGGAGGCGGGCGCUGCCCUGGCGCCUCAGAGCCGGGCCACGGGAGCAGAGAGCCCCGGCGGAGGAGACAGCGCAAAGGAGGGGGAGGAGAGGGCGGCCGAGCUGCAGAAGGUGGGGAGCAUUCCUGGAGCCACGGGGGGCGGGUUGGUGCCAGACGAGAGCGAGUCGGUGCCGGACAAGAGCCGGUUCACGCUCAGCGACCUCAAGUCAGCGCUUGCCGAGAUCGAGUCUGCUCCCGACGAGAUGGAGUCGGUCGUGUGUGUCCUCCUGUGACGGUGGCCACAGGGAGCCCUCAGCGCGCGGGGAUCCGCUGGGACUGCACCAGGCAGCGGCUAGUAAAGGUCAACAUCAGCGCUCCGAGCCUGCGUCUUUAUCAUUCACUGAGUCAGGAGCCACUCAGGCAGGGCGGGAGCAAAGCCCGCCGGGCCAAGGUCUGCCUGGUCUCCAGCCCCAUUGCCCCGGGAGCUGCCCGGGGCCCUGUGCCCUGGGGGCUGUUUGGCGCUCCCCGUCUCUUUCUCUGGGACCAUCUGUCCAGGGUGGAGGCGCAGCGCUUUGGGAGGACCAUAGUCCCAGGGCAAGGGAAGGCGCGCUGGUUAGUCCCCUCCGGGGGCUUGGGGUUCGGCUGCAUGCCCCUUGCUGAGGGGCAUCUGUGAUCUGCAUGCCCAGGUGAGAGGCUUUUCUCAGCUACUCCCUGGAGACCGGUGUCAGAAGGGUGUGCUGUGGGACCCUGGCUAGCAGCGUUAGUCCUGGGAGCAGAUGGAAGGGGUCAGAGAAGAGCAACACAAAUGAUCGAGGGGCUGGAGCAAUUGACUUAUGAGGAGACACGGAAGGAGCUAAACCUGCAGCUUGGCCAGAGGAGAGCAGGGUGGACGUGAGCGCUGGCUCCACAGAGCUGGAGGAGGAACCCCGCUAGUGUUAGCACGGUACAAGGGGAGUAAGGGGGAAGAGCAGAGUGAAACUAACCAGGGAGACGUUCCUUCUGAACAGCAGGGAGAGCUGCCAGCAGGCAGAUGGACCAGGCUGGGGGAUCCUUUCCCCCAGGGCGGGCGGAAAGCCCGAGACCCCGCCUGCUGCAUGCGAGAUGAAUCCAGCUGCGAGCACGAGCUGCCCCUCAGCACACAGAGCUACAGCCAGUCCCUGGCAAGGCUUCCUGCUGCCCCCUCCCUCCUGUGCACAAGAGGCACCAAGCCCGUGUGCGUUCCAGAACAAGACCCCACCCAGGAAAGCCCAGGCAGUGGAGGGGAACUCUGCUAGGGGGCUAGAGAGCUGCUCUGCCUCCAAUACCCUCUCCCAUCCCCCAGGAAG